AUGUCCUCAGCAAGGAGCAGAAAAUCCGACAAAGAUAAUAAGGCAGAAGUCAAUGAACAAUCGAUUAACUUUCCGGUAGCUAUGUGGGACAUGGAGCAUUGCGAUCCCAAGAAAUGCUCUGGAAGAAAACUUGCAAGACACGGUUUGAUAAGGAUCCUACGACUGGGUGCACGAUUCCCAGGCUUGUGUCUUACUCCAAUGGGUGAUAAGUGCGUGAGUCCGACGGAUUGUGAUAUUGUACAGGAGUAUGGCUGCGCAGUCGUGGAUUGUAGUUGGGCGCGGUUGGACGACACUCCCUUCAACAGAAUGAAGACGUCUCAUCCUCGCAUAUUGCCAUUCUUAGUCGCUGCAAAUCCAAUAAAUUAUGGAAAGCCUUAUCAGCUGAGUUGUGUAGAAGCUAUAGCAGCUACUCUAAUUAUAACAGGAUUUCCGAACGAGGCCGAGCUUUAUCUCGGAAAAUUCUCAUGGGGACAUUCGUUCUUGGAGCUGAACAGCGAAUUAUUGGAAAAGUACGCUCUUUGCACAACCAGCGAAGAAAUAAUUACGGCACAAGAAACGUACCUAAAGAAAGCCUGGCAGGAGAAAUUAGAUAGGCUUACGCUUCCUGAUUUUCCGGAAAACAAUACAGAGUCUGAAGAAGAGGAAGAAGAGAAAGACACAGAUACGGUCUUAAAAGUAACUGAGGACCUAGGCGAUAUAAAAGUAUAAAGUAUAGUCAUUAAAGGCAAGUAUACAUUGAAGAAACCAGGAGAAUGGUCAACCUACAGAUAAAAGAACACCAACGUGAUGUUAGACUAAAAUACGUCACGCAAUCAGCAUUAUUAGGAUGUAACAUCGAAACAGGACAUCAAAUACUGUUUGACAAAACGACCACAAUA